AAAAUUAAGAAAAAAAAUAGAAAAAAAGAAAAAAACGUAAAAAAAGACUCGCACUUAAAUUGCACGUGAAACCGAAGAAAAAAAAACUUUUGAUAAACAAAUAAAAAUGGUAGCAAAAUUCAAUAAAAAAAUCGGCUGUUGUGACUUAUCAGUUGGAUUAAAUGCAAUCGUUCUCAUGCAUAUCAUUGGUGCCGUCAUUGCUGGUGUCAUGAUUAUUAUCGAAAUGUGCAAGACUGACCGGUCACUAAAGGAUGAACAUCACUUUAUUGCCUUCUUUUGCAUCAGCCUUGUUUACGUCAUCUGUGGUCCCAUGUUCAUCAUUGGUGUUAAUGACCAAAAGUCAUUGCUGAUGUUUCCAUACCUGAUAAUAAAUCUCGGAUGUAUCAUCUAUAUUGCAUGGUAUUUUGGAUUCAGAGCUGAAGUGAUCGUCCUUUAUGUAGUUGAAGGAUUAUUUUACUUUUUAAUAUUUCUAUUGUACUUUAAUAAGAAAUCUGAGGAGACUCAAGUUCCAGAAAUGGAAACUAUUGAAAUAAACUAAAUUUUGACAUGAUUUAUGGAA